CUCCAACGUAGCACACCCUGCGUUUUACACUUUUCUUUAACGGACCGUGGAGCUUCAACGUGGCAAAUGCCAUUCCCAGAGUCGACGACAAGCGAUGCGUUCGAGGCGCGAUGGGCUGAGCUCCGUACGCUCCUUUCGUCAGAGGUGCUAGGUCCAUUUGACACUUGUGCCACUGACGUCGCCUCUGCGCUUCGCGACAUGCAGCGCUCGAGAGCGCCCACCAAGAUCGUCACGCUCAACGUCGGUGGCACGCGCUUUGCAACGUUCCACGAGACGCUGUUGCGCUUCGAGGGCAGCUACUUCCACGCGUUGCUCCAGUGGCCACCCACUGAGAACGGCGAGUACUUUCUGGACUUUGACCCGGCCUUGUUUGCGCCCAUCAUGACGUACCUUCGCAGCGGUCACCUGCCUCUCGAUAGCCUCGCGGGCGGCGCGCGAGAUGACUUUUUCGAGCUUUACGACUACCUCCAGCUGCCACCACUGGCGGCGUGGGAUCCCACCCACUGCCACGACGACGUCCUUUUGAGUGCGGGCGACACGGUCCUGGCCAAGCAACGAGGAUUUAAUGCAUUUGUCGGCGCCGUCGCGGUCACGCCAUUGCGACGCUUUUGCGUUUCGGAUAACAGCGUCUUCGUCGAGGUCGGCUACUGCCCCCGCGACUCCUCGCGCAAGGCAGACGCCACUGUCCAUGGGUACGUCCUCUCGAUCGAGAUUGACAGCGCUGGCGAGAUCCACGCUGUGCUCAAGGCCUACCCCGCUGAGGCCGCGCAGCCGCUGCCACCGAUAUUCGUCCCGCCCUUCAAGGCGACGACGUCCGCGACAACUGUCGUCGUGACGCGCGACGACGAGAGCAUUUCUUUUGAAGUCAACGGCGUUCUGCUAAACCAACGCUUUAGCGACGUCCCGAGCGCGCUCUAUCCAAUGACACGGCUCUGGAACGUCCAGCAGCCCCCUGCCAUCUCCGCGUAGACGCCACUUUGUACACAGUAUUUGUCUUUGAGGUGACCGACAGCUCUACCCGGUUAAUAAUAUGAUUGGCAUCUCUCGUGGUAUCCCGAG